AUGAAGGGUUAUUCACGAGGUCAUAAAGGGGACUGGUGGUGGAAUGAGGAGGUCCAAAGAAAAGUGAAAGCUAAGAAAGUGGCAUAUAUAAAGCCAGUGAGGAGUACAGAUGAGGAGGAAAAGAGGACGUUCACAGUGGCUAAGAUUGCAGCUUUUGAGCGAUUGUAUGAGGAUCUUGGGGGUAAAGGAGGCGAUAGGAAGUUGUACAAUUUAGACAAGAGUAGGGAGAGGAAGGCUCGGGACCUAGACCAAGUGCGAUACAUCAAAGAUGGAGAUUGUAAGGUUUUGGUGGAAGAGGUAUGUAUUAGGAGUAAAUGGCAUGAGUACUUCUAUAGACUCUUAAACGAGGGAGGGGGCAAGGACAUCGUAUUAGGUGAGUUGGAAAACUCAGGGAGUCAGAGGGAUUUUAGGUAUUAUAGGCGUAUUAGGAGCGAUGAGGUUGAAGGGGCAAUGCAAAAGAUGAGCAGGGGUAAGGCAACUGGGCCUGACGAGAUCCCAGUGGAAUUUUGGAAGGAAGUGGGUCGGGCUGGCUUGAAAUGGCUUACUUGUUUGUUUAAUGUCAUUUUCAAGACGAAGAAGAUGCAUGGAGAUUGGCGGUGGAGUUUGAUGGUCCCAUUGUAUAAAAACAAAGGUGAUAUACAGGAAUUUUGGGAGAGGGUGGUGGAGAGGAGGAUGCGACGUAGUGUUGCUAUUUCCGAGAACCAGUUAGAAUUUAUGUCAGGACGGUCUACUACAGAAGUCAUUCACCUUGUGAGGAGAUUGGUGGAGAAGCAUAGGGAGAGGAAGAAAGACUUGCAUAUGAUAUCCAUUGACUUAGAGAAGGCCUACGAUAAAGUCCCGAUAGAGGUCCUAUGGAGAUGUAUGGAGGCUAGCGGUGUCCCGAUAGCGUACAUUAGGGUGAUUAAGGACAUGUGCGAGGGAGUGAAGACUCAAAUAAGGACUGCGAAAGGAGACUCAGAUCAUUUCCCAGUGGAGAUGGGAUGUGCUGACCCGACACAUACAAGGGCCUUACCAUGGUGUAUGUUAUAUGCUUAUGAUAUAGUGAUUGACGAGACGCGAGGCGGUGUUAACGCUAGGUUGGGAGUUUGGAUACAGAAACUGGAGUCUAAAGGUUUCAAGUUGACUAGGUCAAAAAUUGAGUACUUAAAGUGCAAGUUUAGUGAUGGGUUGCAUGAAGAAGGAGUAGAAGUGAAGAUUAGUACUCAAGUCAUCCCCAAAAGAGAUAGUUUUAAGUAUCUUGGGGCCAUUAUUCAAGGUAAUGAGGAGAUUAAUGAGAAUGUUACUUAUUGGAGCAGGGUGAAUGAGAUGGAAGCUCGCCUUAGGGGUUUUGUGUGA